AUGCCGCGGGAGGCAACCAAUUUAGUUGGAAAAUUUACUCAAAGCGUACGCCGUAUAGUUCAGGACGUUAAAGAUGAGGGCGCCUCAAGCGGGCAGACGAAAGAAGAGGUCAUAGAAACAAAUGAACGCCUACGCGCGGUCCGGAUACGUCUAGAUGAGAACUAUGACACAGCAAAAAAGGCUCUCAUAACGCUAAUGGCGAGGUACAGCGAGUCCAAGGCGCAGAGAAACGUCUUCACGAGAUACGCACUGCUCAAGGCUAUGAUUAAGGAUGUUAUUCGUCUAGAAACUCAAUACUGGUCCCUCGUAGAGAUCCCAAAACAAGAAAAGGCGGAAACGGUUCCAGCAUUUGUACUUCGGGCGUGUGCCAUCAUGGAGAAGACACAAAAGUCUGGAGAAGGGGUUAAGACUUCUGCUAAAUUGGCCGAAGAAGCUGCCGAAAAACGGGAUCGCCUGGAAAGACUUAAUGACAUGACGACUUCGCAAAUAGAGACUGAAAAUACGCAAAUGACUAAUGAUUUGUAUCGACUGCUGAAGAAAUAUACGGGGUUGAGGAAUCUCAUUAGAGAACUGAAGAAAGACUACGUCAGCUCCAAGGUCUACCCAAUGGUACCACGUUACACAAUGCUGAAAGACAUGAUAAAGGACAUCAUGCAUGAUCCCGACUAUAUGGAAGUCUGCCAUGAGGUGGACCCUUAGCGUGGCGUGCGCAAAUAGAUGAGGGCUUCUUUCACUGACCGAUCAAGGUCCAGGCGCCGCCACUAGAUGACAAUCCAAGGAGGUUUACUACGAAAUGCGUAUGACGUUAAUAUACCAGUUUAGGAAUCAUUCAAUUAUUAUGUAAAUAUA